AUGAAUGAAAACCAAAUUGUUGUUAGGCAUGAAUCAGAAGGUGGCAAGACUCCCACAACGCGUGACGAAUCACAAGAUGUUAGUACGAUUACAAAGACCAUUAAAGGUCGUGGUCCGUCAAAAGGUGUUAAAGUCGCUAAGACUAUGUUCCUUGAGUAUAAUGUAUAUAAUGUCCCCGAUGGACAAUGGUCUCAUGAAUACGGGAAGCAAGUUGGGAGUUGUGCUACUAGAAUUAAUAUUAACGUCCCAUUAUAUCCAAAGGUAGAUGAGCAAAUCAAGAAGGGGUUUUGGGAGGAGACUAAGCUUAUGUUCCACAUUACUGAUGAUUCUAAUCAUUCGAGGGAGAAAUAUUUUCAUUCUUGUGUGGCGAAACGAUUUAGUUGUUUCAAGAGCAAGUUGGUGCGCCGAUGGAUAACUAUGAAGGAAAAGAAGCCAAAAAAUCAAACAAACAAGAUGCCUUGGGAUGUCUACAACCAUAUCACAGAGGAUGAUUGGAAGACUUUUGUUAAACAUUAUUUCCUGCCAGAGUCAUUGCUUCGUAGUGAAAAGGCGAGGAAAAGUGCAUCAUGCAACAAGAACCCACAUCGCACCGGCCAAAAGGGUUAUAAUAGAAAGCGACUAGAUUGGAUAAAGGAUGGACGACUUCCACCAGAUGCAGCUUUACCUAUCUCGAGUAGCUCCUCGGUGAACUCAUCAGUGACCUCAAAUGUUAAUAGAGUUAGAAAAUACAGAUCAAAGGAGUGGAUUUUGGCCCAUCAAGUACAAAAUAAAGAGGGAAAGUGGGAAAUUGACCCGAACGAUACAGAAGUUGUUGAAAUCGCAACAAAAGCUUUAGAGUACAUUGCAGAAGAGGAAAAAGGAAAUCUUUCUUUCGAACAGGGUGAGGAUGCCCUCACUAAAGCUAUAGGGAAAAAAGAUCAUCGUGGGCGUGUCAAGGGAACAGGUGGCAUGGUUGGUAUCAAAAAGGCUUUCGGUCCGUGUAUUCGACAUAGUAGAAGUGACCAUGGUGAAGCUUCAUCAGAAAAUUACGAAUCAAUCAGAGCUUCUGUGAAAAAGGAGUUUGAAGGUGAAUUAGAGAAAAGGGUAGAGAAAAGGGUGGCAGAGGCCCUCCAAAAGCAACUAAGCACCUUGUUAAAAACAGGACAACUAAACUCCAUUUCUACCCCGAUACCUGAUGACCUCCACUUAAAUGAUUCUGCCAGAGUUGACCUUGAUGUUAGUGCUACAAGAACCACUCGUCACAUCUUAGUGCCGCAACCACGCGAGCUAAAGGAAAGGACUCCAUGUCGUCUUGCCCUUGAGGAGAAAGUUUCAGGCAACAACAUUGUCGUGGCGGAUGGUAUGGUACAACCCUCAGAUGGUGCAUUGCCCCAACAUUUUACAUCGAUGAAGCCUGGUCACUAUAAAGUCCAAGUUGAUUUUGUUUACGACGGACAUGUUGAUGAUAUUCUUCCGGUACCUACGGGAGAUGGUUUCACUAACUUAGGCGGUGCUCUGGGUAGUUUUGUGCAAUGGCCCAUACACUUAGUGAUUUUCGAAGACGGCGAGGAUUGUAUUUCACCUCCUAAAAAGAAGUCCAAGUCUAAUGUUUCUAAAGAGAGGGAUGGUAGCUCCAAGAAAAAGACAACGGUGUUAGCGGCCCAAAAGAAGACAACAGACUUACCAUCCAAGGUAAACCCUCUAAAACUCAUUCGAACCUAAAAUGACAUUUCCGCUCCCAACUUUGAACUAAAGAACCUAAGGACUCAUUUGA